AUGGGCAACCGUAAGACACCUGGCCUUCUCGCCAUCUUGGCAUCUGCUGUUUCGGUCGCUGCUCACGGCCAUGUCACCAACAUUGUCGUCAACGGCGUCUCAUACCGCAACUACAUCCCCGUCCAGGACCCAUACACCAACAACCCUCCUCUCGUAGCCGGCUGGACGAUAGAUCAACGCGACAACGGCUUUGUCGCACCUGACGCUUAUAAUGCUCCGGACAUUAUCUGCCACAGACAAGCAGUUUCUGGCAAGGGCCGGAUCACAGUUGCUGCCGGUGAUACUGUGCAGCUUCAAUGGACGGAAUGGCCUGACAGUCACAAGGGCCCCGUUAUGGACUUCCUGGCAAACUGUAAUGGACCUUGCAACGCCAUCGAUAAGACAGCACUCAAGUUCUUCAAGAUUGACGGCGCAGGUUUGAUCAACCCUCCCCAGCAGACAAACCAGUGGGCAGCAACCGUGUUGAUCAAUAACGGCAACGCCUGGUCCGUCCGUAUCCCACCCAAUGUUGCUCCAGGCCACUACGUUCUUCGUCACGACAUCAUUGCCCUUCACAGUGCCGGCCAGCAGAACGGGGCGCAAAGUUACCCUCAGUGCAUCAACCUGGAGAUCACCGGCUCCGGAACGGAUAAUCCUGCUGGAGUACCAGGAACCGCUCUCUAUGGCGCCAACGACCCCGGUAUCCUGUACAACAUCUACCGAGACAACCUCAACGACUAUGUCAUUCCUGGUGGUGCCAUCAUCUCAGGUGGUGUUUCAAUGCUCCCUCAAUCUAGGAUUCAGAUCACGGCAUCUGGUAGUGCUACCCCUUACGGUACAACGAUUCGUGCAAGCUCAGUUAUCACAGCCUCAGCUAGUGCCUCAACUUCAAGUUCUGUUACUGCCGUUGUCAGUAGCAGGUCUUCAAGCACAAUCAGCUUCGGCAACUCUACUUCGGAUACUACUACCCUGAUCCAAACUUCUACUACUGCUGCUACGACGACAAUCACUCUAACUCGCACAAGUUCGACCUCAAGCUCAAGCCCCAGCUCAAGUAGUAAAAUCAGCACCAGCAACAACUCCCCAACCAGCGCCACGAGAACACCGUCUCAGACACCAUCGCCAACCACCUUCCAGACCAUGACCACGACGGCACCAUCCGCAGGAGAACCGACUCAGAACUUGUACGGCCAGUGCGGUGGCAUGAACUACGCUGGUCCGACCAGGUGCCCAGACUACGCGACUUGCACCACCAUCAACCCGUACUACGCGCAAUGUUCUCCGGCUCCUGUACCUGCGGGAGCUCAGUCUCUGUACGGACAGUGUGGCGGCAUCAACUGGCCUGCUGAGAGCCCGACGUCUUGUGUCCCUGGCGCUACUUGCAAGACGGCCAACCCGUACUACGCCCAAUGUACUCCAGCAUGA